AUGCAGACACAUUUGUUGCAUCCUUCUCGAGGUCUUCAGUGGCGCCAUCCAUGGCGAGCCCAACGUAAGUAGGCAUUGUUGCAGACAGAGAAACAUCAGCUAACUACUUCAGCACUUCUCCAUCGAGUACCAAGGGAGCCGGAGGCCGUAGACGAUUUGAAUUCCAACGAACGCACAACCACGGAAACCGCAACAGGUAAGGGAGAACAUGAUUGACAAGAUGUCAUGGCUCAUACUAUAAUUUUAGAAUCGCAAACGAGAAACAUUGCCACCCUUCAAGAGACCUCCAGCGAUGACGAAAUAUUGGAACUUAUGGACCUUCACGAUCGAUCAUGUGGCGCAGAGUCUGUAGAGCGCCAGAGCGAGGACCAAAUUUACGAUUUCAUGGGCCUUUACACCCGAUUGCACGCCAUAGAAACUGUGGGAACCACGAAACCUUUAGAAGGUAGGCACAUGCCUUUGAGUUGAGCUAAGUGCUAACUGAUUUGAAGGACACGUAUCAGCAAACAUUUCCACUCAAGCCACAUGGAAGAAAACUUUGGUACGUUGGAUUGUUAAUCUUGCCCAAACCCUGUUUCAUAUCGUCAUGGAUAAGUGGAUAUCACUGGGAGGAGUGCUAAGCGAUAUCCGAGCUGAUGAUGUUGCCGUUUUCCCACACACUUUUCAUUUUCCUCUUACUGAUAUUGACCUCAAGGAACCAUCAAUCGAUUCGCAAAUAUCUAUUACUGCCCGUGAACCAAACUCUCUUACCACCAUCGACUACGAAUGCCGGUACAAAAUCUUGGAGUAUCUUCUCGUCAGUCCGAUCCCAAUCAAGCCACGUCUCAGAAAUUACUCGGAAACUCCUAUCAAGAACCCAAGGCUCACAGAUAUCGCUACUGUAUGCCAGUUAUUAAGAGACGAUGCAUAUAAUAUCUUCCUUACAAGAAACAAGUUCUACUUUGAAUUAGUUCGUGUGCAGAAGCGGAAGUGGGAUCGUCUGAUAGAAUAUUCACGCGCUAACAUCGGUGAGUACGAAUUGUUUUCACUCUUUUCAACCUAUGUCUGGAAUCAAGAUUGCUAAUGCGUUUUUGUUUACAGGGAGAUUCUUCGAUCCAUCCCUGUAUGGCACCAUUACAACCAAAUCGCUUAUCCCACAGAUUGAACUUCCCCUGAUGCAGGAAGACGACUGGGCAAAAUUGAUGCACUAUAAUCAUUCCACUGUUCAUCCGAAUCGCUAUGACCUGCCUCGAGCGAUGAAGAAUACUGCCGCAUUGAGAUAUCCGAGAGAUUCCAUCAAGACCCUGAAUCUUGUUGUGAAAGUCCCUAAAUUCUUCCACCUCUGUCAAAAUCAUUAUUAA